GAUCGAUGACAUGGCUGUGGGAGCUGGAAGUCAGGCCGGAGGCUGCUGAGUCUCCACAUCGCAGCAUUGCCAGCAGUGGGGGUUCCAUCCAUGGACGAUGGACACAAGGAGUGCUGAGCACCAAGAAGAGCCACUGGUGUCUCCAGGCCAGUGGGGUGAGCUCCCGACCCUGCACUUUUCCUCAUCAGCUGAAGAUGAGGAAGGUGAGGCAGCUGUCUGUGGCUUCUUCUGUCCAAGGAGCAGCGAGUGCAGUCCUGAGGAUGAACCUGACUCUGCAUUGAUCCAUGACAACUCCGCGCCCUUCCUGUGGGGAUCUUUUUCCCGGAGAACUGGAAGGCACUGGCCAAGAUUUUUCAGCCUCACAGAGAGUCCUGCAGGGCACGGCGGGGAUGCUACAGGCAAGAAUAAACUUUUCAGCAGUAGUGAAUUGUUGGCCUUUGAUGAACAUUCCCAGACAAAGCCUGGGCACAUGCUCGGGAAUGGCAAAACAGAUCCAGAGGGGCUGCUCAGGGCAGACCUGGGGAGAGACCACAGCACCCUGGACUGGGACAAAGACGAGGUUAAUGCCUCCUCGCUGUCUCCGGGGGAAGUGAAGGCGUGUCCUGGCCAGCUGAGUUUCACAUUUCUAGAAGAUAAGAAAGAUGCAGGCAGCCCAUGGGCACUGGCUCUGACAGCCCUGGAAGUGGGGGAACCUGGAGCCCAGGGUGGCUCUGCUGCUUUUGGUACAGGGGUCAGGACAGGCCCUGUGGACGGCGGCUCCAGCUCCGGAGACAGGAGGAGAGUGGCUGCCCACACAGUUGGCCAGAGCCUUGGUGCCAUGAAAAGGGAAACCUGCCAUACAGGGAGCCCAUGGGAUGUGCUAGGGGGUCUCCAGCCAGUUCCCUGAUUGGAGGGCAAUGCCCAGGGGCCUCUUGUUUUCAUCCAGCAUUCACUUCCCAUGUAUUGUUCUGGAAGAGCAGAAAGGAAAGGCUCACAGACUGGCCAUGCACAUGAAAACUGCAUCCUCAGAAUAAAUUCCUGCCAAUAGCAGCACCAGGACCCUCCAAAAGGGAUUGGGAGGUGGUCUGCAGAUGUCACUGAGCAGUGACUCCUCUCGCUGCCAAGGGACAGGGAUGGAGCUGGUGGCUCCUGGCAGCACAGCCAGGCAGUGGUGACAUUGCAGCAUUUCAGGGUGGGCUCCUCUGGCUGGUCGUGGUGAACUAAUGGGGAAAAGCAGCUCAAGGGACUCGGCUGAACUUUUGCCCCUGCAUGAAAUAAUAAGGUUGUAUUUACCCAGCA